ACAGAAUAAACAACUCUCCAUAUAAAGUCAUCAAGGAAAUUGCAAAUCAUUUGGAGGUUGUUUCCACAUAAAUUAGCAGAGGAACAAAUUUGGCAAGCUGUCAAAGAGAUAGCAUUGCGAUUAUUUUGAGGGUCAGGUCACUCUGAUUCGAGGUUUUAUCUCUGUAUAUAUAUCAGAGUCAAAAAUUGAAGCCUCAUCACUCUCUGUGAAUAUCUUCACCAUGAAGUUUCUUUCGGUAGUGUUUCUGCUAGCCGGCCUUACAGCCAUCAACUCCUCAGACGAGGAAAAUCCUCCUUCACGUUCGGUACCCAGUCCGGACAUCUUUCAAGAUGAUGAUUCUGACGCCACUGUGGAAAACCUCGACCUUAAUCAAUGGAGACGUAAUGAAAUAAUACAUUUAUUGCUUCCAUUCAACCACAACAGCACCGGGGAAGUAUAUUUCACCAACAUCAGAGGAGAUUUGCUAUCAUAUAGACGGCAAUUGAAUGAUAACACUACCCUCAAUUUAUUUCCUCUAGAAGGGUUUGCUCACAUUUCCCAGCGCCGUGCCAACGUAGAAAUUCAUAACAUGAGGAGGUACAGUUAUCCAACCCCUGAAACUGGGAUUUACCCCUAUGUCAGAGUUGCAACUGUUAACUCCAUUGAGUGGACUCUAACUACACUGAUGAGAGGUGGUGAACCAAUUGACCAAGAACACCUUCAGUUAUGGCAAGGAGAUGUGACAUCCAACCAUACCGUAACUGAAACCUCGGAGUAUUUAGAGUCCGAAGUGCGGCGAACGCAGAUGGAACACAUCAUUAUGCUUGAGCCUGCACUUCUGAUGAAUAAUGACUCCCAUUUCACAAAUACAAGAGGAAAUAUCCUCAUAUAUUUAGCCAGAACAGCUCCACUGCCUCCAAUCGGCUAUCAUCAGAUAACCUAUUCAGAGGCAGCAGACCGUUUUGUUCAAAUAUUAAGAUCUGUGAGUGGGGGUCAUUUAACCAUAGAAUUCAGCAGCACCUAUGAAGAUUACUACAGAAGGCCACGUGAUCCAUUUUGGAUACUCAUCACACAUGAGAAUAACGGCAGAAUUCCUGAAGGAACACGCUGGUUGUAUUACAAUUCGACCGGCGAAGGGUCCUACAUUUCCCAUGUAUUUAGAGGGACCCCCGGACUUCUAAGUCGGAUCGAAGAACAACACAAUCAGCACCUGAUGGAUGCCGUUUCAGGCCUUCGACCAGUACCUUCUGAACCUGUUGCUGGACCAUCCAGAAGGAUAAAUCCCACGCCCGUGGAUGACUUCGACCCGUCACAGGCACAGGGGAACGAGCUUCUCUCUGACGAAGUACUACCAUCUUCACCUCGUAGUCCUUCGCCAGAGACCUCUUCUUCCCAUGCACUGCUAGAGCCCCAUCCUCUCUGCCGGAGCUGCCAACGGGAAGAAAGAAUCCUACGUCAAAGAAUGGAGUUUUUUCUAAGGGAUAUCGAUGCCGACAGUGGUGACAGAGCUUCGUGGAGAGCUAUCGGCCACCUCAACACCACUAGGACAGAACUAAGGGAGGUGUUGACAUUGGCAGAUUCCGCAAUUGGAAUGGCCAGCCGAGCAGAGAUGGCAGAAGUUGCUCCAGUCAUCUGGAACGAGAUCCGGACGUCCUUGGAGCGGAUCCUCGUGAUGACAGGACAACAGAUGGACGAUAACAUCAUUCGAGGUCAAGAAACCCCAACCGAACCUCAACGGACCAUCACCUGCCAGAUCUGUCAGGAUGCUCUCCCAACGAUUGUGAUUCAGCCUUGUCACCAUACCCUUUGCCCGGCAUGCGCUAUUCGAUUAUACGUUUGCCCGUUCUGUCGAAAGACAGUAACGGGCAGAAAAAGACUCUAUUAUGACGGAUGAGUUCAAUUACUAAAACAUAGAGUAAACUUUAAAUCAAAUUUCAUUAUCUUUUCUCAUACCAUAUAUUCCAUUAAUCACAAUUUUACAUUUUUUUAG